GGAAACUCCCUCUGGAGGGUUUGCUGCGUCUGAGGACUCAGUGAGGAGAAAACAGGGAGCAUCGAGCACCGUCGCUCACCAUCAAACUGAGAUCUUUCUGCUCCUGUUGAUCCGACUCUGAACAUCGAGCCUCGGACCCACAGAGACAGGAAGCACAAGGGCGACAUGCCGACCCCCCGCUACCUCCAGCUGCUGCUCUCCUGCAUCCUGCUGGUUCUGCUGGUCCAGUUUCCUCACACCCGGUCCACACCGGCCACAGAGGACACGGAUACAGCCAACGCGGGGAAAUCUUCUGAAGACGAAGAGGAAGACGAGUCGUCUUCGGAAGAGAACAAACUGUCCGACGAGCUGUCGACAAGUAACGAGAAGCUCCAAGCUUCAGCGCCGCAGUGGGUGACCCCGGAGAAAAUGGAGAAGAAGCUGCACGCCGUCCCUGCCAGCCAGACGGUGAGGUUCCGUUGCCAGGCGACGGGGAACCCGGUUCCCUUGCUGCGCUGGUACAAGAACGGGAAGGUCUUCAGGAAGGACCAAAGGAUCGGAGGCUUCAAGUUCAGAGACCACAUGUGGACUCUGAUAAUGGAGUCCGUGGUCCCUUCGGAUAAAGGGAACUACACCUGCUUGGUGGAGAAUGAAUACGGGAGCCUCAACCACACCUACCUGCUGGACGUAGUUGAGCGCUCCCCCCACAGGCCGAUCCUGCAGGCCGGUCUGCCGGCCAACCAGACGGCGGAGGUCGGCCGUAACGUGGAGUUUGUGUGCCGCGUCUUCAGCGACCCGCAGCCUCACAUCCGGUGGUUCAAACACAUCACCGUCAAUGGCAGCCGAGAGGCCCCGGAUGGAAACCCGUACGUCCUCGUCCUCAAGACGGCGGGCUUGAACACAACGGACAAAGAGAUGGAGGUUCUGACCCUGAAGAAUGUGACCCCGGGCGACUCGGGCGAGUACACCUGUAUGGCGGAAAACUCCAUCGGCGUCUCUCACCACUCCGCAUGGCUCUCCGUGGUUGACGAGGUGUCUCCCACCCCGCUGUCCUCGCAGACCUACCUGGAGAUCUUCAUCUACUGCCUGGGCUUCUUCAUCAUCGUCACCCUGGCGACUACGGCGGUGGUCUGCCGGCUCUGCUGCGUCCCGAAGAAGAGCGACUUCAGCGCCCAGCUGGCGGUCCAGAAGUUGGCCAAGAGCAUCCCACUGAGGAGACAGGUGUCGGUGGAUUCCUCGUCCUCCCUCCAGUCCAGGAUGUGUUUGAUGCGUCGUCUCUCCAGCAGCGCCACUACGGUCCUGAUGGGGAUGUCGGAGUACGAACUCCCCUAUGACUCCGUCUGGGAGCUUCCUCGUGACAGGCUGACCCUUGGGAAGCCUCUGGGUGAAGGCUGUUUCGGUCAGGUGGUUCUGGCCGAGGCCGUCGGACUCGACAGGAAUAAACCGACGCGUCUCUCGAAGGUGGCCGUUAAGAUGCUGAAAGCGGACGCGACGGAGAAGGACCUGUCCGACCUGAUCUCCGAGAUGGAGAUGAUGAAGAUGAUCGGCAAGCACAAGAACAUCAUCAACCUGCUGGGCGCGUGCACUCAGCGUGGCCCCCUGUACGUGGUGGUGGAGUACGCCUCGCAGGGGAACCUCAGGGAGUUCCUCCGGGCUCGCCGACCGGUCGGGUUGGAGUACUGGAGCGGGCCGAGGCAGGCGACCUUGGGAAGGCUAGAGGUCAGGGAGCUGGUGUCGGCUGCGUACCAGGUGGCCCGAGGGAUGGCUUACCUGGCCUCCAAGAAGUGUAUCCACAGAGACCUGGCAGCCAGGAACGUGUUGGUCACAGUCGACGACGUCAUGAAGAUCGCUGACUUUGGUCUCGCUCGAGACGUCCAGCACAUCGACUACUACAAGAAGACCACCAAUGGUCGUCUCCCGGUGAAGUGGAUGGCACCUGAAGCUUUAUUUGACCGUGUCUACACGCAUCAAAGUGACGUGUGGUCCUUCGGAGUCCUCCUGUGGGAGAUCUUCACGCUGGGUGGGUCCCCGUACCCUGGGGUCCCCGUGGAGGAGCUCUUCAAGCUCCUGAAGGAGGGCCACCGCAUGGAGAAACCCUGGGCCUGCACGGAGGAGCUGUACAUGAUGAUGAGGGACUGCUGGGCCACCGUCUCGUCUCGCAGACCCACGUUCCUCCAGCUGGUCGAAGACCUGGACCGCACGCUGUCUCUCAUGGCAAACCAGGAGUACCUGGAGCUCGAUGUUCCUCUGGUCGAGUAUUCUACGGUCACCUCCAGAUAGGAGGACCUAGGACCUUUUUUCCCUUCUCUUUUCCAUCUUGGAUCACCUUCAUCUCGUGUCCUCGUGGUAUUUCCGGGACGAGGCCGAUGGCUGGAGGAGACUCAGACGGAGUUUCGCUGUCGAUUGUCCUGAUGUGAGGAACAGCUGGACGGAGCUGGACUCCCCAGUUGGGCCUCGGGAAGCAUCUGAUGAACCCUGACCCACACAGACUGACAGGACGUGAGAGCUGCUGCCGGGCUGCUCAUGGCAUCUGUGCUUUGGUUAUGUUAAUACAAAUAACAGUAAUAACAGAAAUGUGCCAUCAGUGGGAAUACUGUAAAUACUAUUCUUUUAUGUGGAAGACCAAACUGGAUUUAAAUGAGAAACGUUAUAGUAUGACGUUUAUAUAGAAAGUAAUAAAGGGAGAAACAGAUCAGUGAAUGAAAUGCACAACAGUUAAAUCUAAAAACAUAUCCAUCAUUCAUAAACAACCUAUUACUCAUCUAUAGAUGUAUUUCUUUGGGCUUUUGUAGUCAUUCAUUUAUUUUGCACCAACAUUUCAUGUAUUUCUCUGCAGUAAAGUGCCUUUGCCAAAGAUGAUGUACACUUCAACAUUGCACUUGUCGUCCCGCUGGUUAACUAGUUAACAACUGUAUUAAAAAUAUUUUUUACA